CAAAGGUUAAAUAUGGCAACCGGAAGUAAAAUUUUACCUAUUAUCAUUGGUUUAGCCAACAAUGACCAGACCUGGGUGUAAGUGUAAGUGUGUGUAUUCUCUCUUUUUCUUUCCUUCCCUUUUUUUUUUAUAUAUUUAAAAAAUCUUUCAUGUUUUUAUUUGAUGCCAGUGAAAAUAAUCCUUAUCAACCAGGUUCUUCGAGACCAAAGAAGGCAAAGAGUAAAGCAAAGAGUGCAGAAGCAAAAGCAGCAGCCAAAGCAAAAAAAAUGCAACAGGAUGAUAUGGAAUCGCUUCAAAUAACAUUUUAUGAAAUUGAGUCUUGGAUAGAAAAGACAUCACCCGUAUUAGCGAGAAUGACAAAAGAAUUAGACCGAGUUUCUAAGCAUUUUGAUAAGGGCAAGAAAAAGAAUGAACAACAAAAGAUACCUAUCGAUUUAUCAUCUAUGCAAUGGACCUUGACUUUUCAACCUAAUAAUUCAAUGCGACUAGAAACAAAUAUAAAAUCUGUGGAACAACUCAUUGAUGCUGUGCAAAAGAUAAAAUUAAUUACUGACUCAGAUUCAUCAAUACAGCAGCCAGAUGAAGAAGAUUUUGACUCAACCUUCUCUUCUUCUGCUUCCCUAUCUUCUUCCUCUACAGCCAUUACAGAUUCAUCAAGCGAAUAUUGGACUUUAGCCCUUUGUAGAUCUCCCGGUGUGUGCUUUGACAAAUACCAAAGUCGUUUACUUGAGCUCGACCGUCUGUCUGAACAAGUAUCGUCUGACGUAUUGGCUUUUGCUUGUCAAACCUACUGGGAUUGCCUCUUUCCCAAAUUUUCCACGGAUUGGUCAACAUUUUGGGAUCGGUCGGGUGACCCACAACGGAACCAGAUCUGUAUUGAUGCUGGUCUGGCCAUGGUCUUUACACACAUCGUUCGGCACAGUAAAGAAAUUUGCCCGGACGGGUAUGCCAUCUCUUACUACUAUUAUGAGCGUGCUCGACAGUCCUUGAUGGACUAUUUUGACUCACCUGAUGCCGCCACCAUCGAGGCAUUACUCAACUUGGCCAUGUUUUGCAUGCUAUUCAAACAUUACUCCAACACACGCAUUUAUUUGGAUCUCGCUUUCCGCAUGACAGUUCAACUAGGCUACCACCGUCGAUCUGGUCUGCCUACAUGCAAGCUGAUGAGAAAACAAUGGAUCAGACUAUUCCUUACUCUCUGUUAUAAUGAUAUGGCUCUAUCGACUUACUCGAAUGGAUCAUUCCUUGUUGAUGAUACCGUGCAUGAUAUCGACUUUUACGAAUUGAUCACACUCAACAAUGAGCUACCACACCUGGACGAAAGGACGAGAAUCAAAGACACAUACUUUGUUCAUCUGAUGGAACUCAUGAAGAUUCACAAACGAAUACAACAGAUGACUAAAGAAUACCAAGAUCAGCACACACAAUAUCAUUACUCUGGCACACUGCCACCUCGCUGGAUCAAAAAAGUGCAGGCACUUGAGAUUGCUUUAGCAACCUGGCUGGACCGACUUCCUCUCGAGUACCAUCUCGAUCCUCGUCCAGACGGUCAAUUACAAAGGGACACGACAGAUAUCGAAAGGCUAAAAGAACAGUCAGCCUUAUUGCUCAUGCUACAUUACCAGAUGCAAUGGAUUGCGCUUCACAAAGUAUUCUUGUCAACAAACUUGAUACCCCUCGAUCUCAAGGAAGACCCAACGACCUACCGCACACAUCGGUCCUAUGCGAUUUGCGCCGACGCAGCAAGCCGUAUACUCGUCAUGGCAGAGAUCUUCACUGAUCGGUUCGACUGGUGUGUCUGUCAAUUAUUUAUUAGCUGCAUAUACCAAGCCUCAACCGUAUUCUGUAAAAGUGUGCUCACCAAGGAUCAUAGAGCAGAUGAGAGCAAAGCGAUGAUUCGACGUGUUAUCUCCAUUCUCGCCGCAAACAAUCUUAAUUACGGUGGGCUUCCUGAGGACCUGAGAGCCUGUCUGAACGAGUUCUUACAGGAAAACACCAAUGAUCUUCAAGUGAUCGAUCAGACUCUUUCUCAGGAAUCUAUAUCGCAGCCUAUUACUUACAAUGACGCAUUUUAUAAUUCUCCUCACAUGUAUAAGCAAUGUUUAAACCAACGUUUACACUAUCAGUCAUCAUCAUCACCAUCACCACGAACUCUUUACCAAGUACCCACUCUGCUUCCCUUGGGCAUGCAAACACCAACGGUUCACGUAGAAGAUCUUGAUAUUAAAAGCACAAAUUGGAGAUGCAAGUUUUCUUCCUCUAAUUACGCACAGAACCACAUGUAGCAUAAUUUCUCUCCCUUUUGUUUAUGUCCGGCUCGAACUUGAAACGAAUGCUCUCUUUUUUUUUUUUAUUAAAAAAACCGUUUUACUGUAUUUUUUCUUAUAUUCAUUAAACU